UUUAUGGUUACAGGAUUCCCAAAAAAUGGCAACAAAUUACGCAAAAUACGCUCAACUCCUCAAACACUCAAGCAACUACGCGCAGCGAAUGAAGCGCCUAUCCAACCGCAUCUUCGGCGAAGUGGCUAUACCCACAAAUCCCAAAUCCAUGAAGGUGGUAAAGAUGUUCUCAGCAAAGCCAGUCCACACGAACGAGGAGAUAAUUCACUACUACCCGCGGCACGUUGAGACGCACGCGCUGGUGCUGCGGCUGCGCGAGUACGGGCUGUUCCGGGACGAGCACCAGGACUUCAAGGAGGAGAUGAAACGGUUAAGAGAACUGCGAGGGAAGGUUAAGGUGUGGCGCCGGUAUGCUGAUAAGGAGAAGACGGAAUGAGUGUAACGUUGGUUACUUUAGCUGCGUAAAUGCUCUCCUUCAAGGACUUCUACAAGCAUUGGCUGUUCAGUUGGAGCAUUUAGGCAGAAAAAAUUGUGACGUAUGUGUAUUAGUGAUUGACUAGUUUAAUAGUUAAUGUGAAUAAUUAUAUCAUAAAUUAUUAGCUAUUGUUUCACUGUUUGCAAUGCAGAGGCACAGUGUUUUGGUAAA